AUGGUUCUGGAUGAGUACUUGUGGAUGGUUAUUGUUGGCUUUAUCAUAGCCUUUAUCUUGGCAUUUUCUGUGGGUGCCAAUGAUGUGGCUAAUUCAUUUGGCACAGCCGUGGGUUCUGGAGUGGUUACAUUAAAGCAAGCUUGCAUAUUGGCGUCAAUCUUUGAAACAACGGGUUCGGUGCUGCUGGGAGCAAAGGUUGGAGAAACUAUCCGAAAGGGUAUCAUCGAUGUGAACCUUUACAACAACUCGGUGGAUUUACUGAUGGCUGGGGAAGUUAGUGCGAUGGUUGGUUCCGCUGUGUGGCAGCUGAUAGCAUCUUUCUUGAAGCUUCCUAUCUCUGGAACGCAUUGCAUUGUCGGAGCAACAAUUGGCUUCUCCCUGGUUGCCAUUGGUACACAUGGCGUGCAGUGGAUGCAGCUUGUCAAGAUUGUUGCUUCCUGGUUCAUUUCACCCCUGCUAUCCGGCCUGAUGUCUGGUGCACUCUUUUUGUUAAUUAGGUAUUUCAUCUUGAAUAAGGAGGAUCCAGUGCCUAAUGGACUGCGAGCACUCCCAGUAUUUUAUGCUGCUACAAUAGGAAUUAAUGUAUUUUCUAUUUUAUAUACAGGGGCCCCACUGUUGGGAAUGCAUACCUUUCCAGUGUGGGCCACCGGUCUGUUAUCUAUAGGCAUUGCCAUCUUAUUUGCUUUAGUAGUCUGGUUUUUUGUUUGCCCAUGGAUGAGAAAGAAAAUAGCAAGUCGAUUAAAGAAAGAUGCGCUGUCCCAUAUGUCAGAGGAAAGCCUUGAUAAAAUCCAGGAUGAAGAUGCUGCUGUUUUUAAAGAGUUGCCUGGUGCAAAGGGCAAUGAUGAAAGUGUGGUCCCUCUUACUAGUGCCACCACUGAAGGUGCUAAUGGAUCUGACACAGUUGCAAACGGAAACACCAGAAUACCAUAUGGGAGGGCUGCUUCUAUGACAAAUGGCUCGGUUAGAUCUCCAAUCUCCAAUGGUACAUUUAGUUUUGAUGGUCACAACGUUAAAAGUGAUGUUCAUGUGUACCAUACUGUACACAAGGACUCAGGGCUAUACAAGGACUUGUUACAUAAAAUACAUCUGGACAGAGUAACUGAUGAUCGCCCUGCACAUGAAAACAACUACAGAGUUUUGAGACGUAACAAUAGUUAUACAUGUUACACUGCUGCUAUCUGUGGUAUGCCUGUUCAUUCAACAUUCAAAUCUUUUGAUCCUGUAACUCCAGAGGAUAGUGAAAAGUUGGUAACAGACACUGUGUCUUAUUCUAAGAAACGUAUCCGCUAUGACAGCUAUUCUAGCUACUGCAAUGCGGUGGCAGAAGCAGAGAUUGAAGCUGAGGAAGGUGGAGUAGAGAUGAAGCUUGCUACGGAGUUAACUGACCAAAAUCCAGUUCCAGAUGAUUCAUUAGAAGAGGACAAAGAGGAGAAAGACAAGUCACAAGUUCACCUGCUUUUCCACUUUCUGCAGAUUUUGACAGCUUGCUUUGGAUCUUUUGCUCAUGGAGGAAAUGAUGUCAGCAAUGCUAUUGGGCCCCUAGUUGCUUUGUGGUUAAUAUACCAACAAGGAGGAGUAAUGCAAGAAGCCUCUACACCCGUGUGGCUGCUCCUGUAUGGGGGCGUGGGUAUUUGUGCUGGUCUCUGGGUAUGGGGUCGGCGAGUCAUCCAGACAAUGGGUAAAGAUCUUACCCCAAUAACACCAUCAAGUGGUUUCACUAUUGAGUUGGCUUCGGCGGUCACAGUUGUGGUAGCUUCAAAUAUUGGACUCCCUAUCAGUACCACACACUGCAAGGUUGGAUCGGUGGUGGCUGUUGGUUGGAUCCGCUCAAGAAAAGCUGUUGAUUGGCGUUUGUUUAGAAACAUCUUUUUGGCUUGGUUUGUGACUGUACCUGUAGCUGGUCUUUUCAGCGCGGGAGUCAUGGCAAUCUUCCAAUAUGGCAUCCUUCCCUACGUCUGA